GACAAUGACCAAUUGUGAUUUCAAAAUCGCGCCAUUAAAAGCUCCCGCACUUUGUUCUCAAAGAUGGAACCUCUCCAUACUGUGCUUUUUCGGCUUUCUCGUCGUGUACGUUGUUCGUGUGAACCUCAGUGUGGCCAUCAUCUGCAUGGUGCGCACGCCCCGCCUCAACGUCACUUCCGGUCAAGCGGGUCAAAGGAUCUCGGAUGAUCAUGGCAUAGACUAUGGACACAGCACAGCGUUCCCGGAUGUAACCUCUGAUUCACCUUUCACUUCACAGGAUGAAGUCAGUGACAGCGACUGCAGUCUGGAAUCCACGAGAACCACGCGCACUGAGACUGGCGAAUUUGACUGGGAUAAAGGGACGCAAGCACGACUUUUGUCUAUGUAUUUCUACGGGUACAUCUUCACUCAAAUUCCGGGUGGCUGGCUGGCCGGUCGCUAUGGUGGGCAACGCGUGUGGGGGGUUUGCCAGGCUAUCUGUGCCUUGUGCACCCUGGCCACGUUCCUGGCUGCACGUGCUAACGUCUACUUAGUCUACGCCCUCAGGUUUCUUCUUGGAAUAGCAGCGGGUGUCUCUUUUCCUUGCGUUCACUCCAUGAUGGGCAGAUGGGCGCCGAAACUUGAGAGGAGCAAACUAGUUUCCUUCAGCUUUACUGGUCUAUCAGUAGGAAACGUGCUCACCUUCUCCCUGUCCGCCUUGUUGUGUGUCUACGGAUUUGACAACGGCUGGGGCUCCAUCUUUUAUCUGGCCGGAAUAGGCAACCUGGUGUGGGUCGUGGUGUGGUUUGUGGUGACGGCAGACACGCCAGCUAAACACAAGAGGAUCAGUGAGGUGGAACGAAGCUACAUACUGAAUUCCAUCGGUGAGACACCCGAGGACAAGGAAAGACUGGCGACCCCUUGGCGAGCCAUGUUCACAUCAGGUCCAGUGUGGGCCUGUAUCAGUGCUCACAUGCUGCACAACUACACCAACUAUACUCUGCUGACGUCACUUCCAGCGUUUAUGAAGGAGGUGCUGAAGUUCGAUAUAAAGCAGAACGGCGGUCUGUCGUCCCUGCCCUACCUGUGUCAAGCCUUGAUGUCUGUCCUGUCGGGACAGGUGGCGGACAGGUUGAGAGAGAGGGGCGUCCUCAGCACCAAGAACACCAGGAAGGUCUUCCAGUGCCUUGCUUUCGUGGGGUCGGCCGUCUGCAUCGUCUCUGCAGGUUACAUGACUUGCGAUCAGCGACCUCUGGCGGUGUUUUUGCUGUGCCUGUGUUUAACCUUUGUGGGUUUGAACCGCGCAGGUUACGCUGUCAAUCACAUCGAUCUUGCCCCAAGGCACGCUGGAGUGUUGUACGGCAUCACAAACAGCGCUGGCACCAUACCUGGGAUGAUCGCACCUCUGGUGGUUGGCGCCCUCACGCCAAACAGGACAGCUGAAGAAUGGCGCCACGUGUUCUUCCUCUGUUUUGCCAUGGCGAUUCUGGGCGCCAUCUUGUUCGCGGUUUUUGCAGAUGGGGAGUUGCAGAGCUGGGCAGCUCCCCCGGCUGCGGUGGAAGUGAUCGAGUAUAUCAAAGAGAAAGACGUGCGCAGCGAGGAUCCAGAACUUGAUGCUUCCAAGGCUACUGAGAAGUCUUAGGGGAGGUUACUCUGCAUUCCGUCGAAGUGUUGUCCAAUGUGAUGUUGAAGGGAACGUUUGUAGUGUCUGAAAGAACAAAAAGAACUAAGGACUCAAGUAUCACUCAAUGACUUCUAUGCAUGUUUAAACUGUAAAUACCGAGAUAAAUAUUACUGAGGCUUGUCUUUGCAACUAGAAAUAAAUACAUCU